AUGCAUACGAGGAGUCGUCAUCGUCGUGGUAUCAUUUUCCUUUUUUGUACCAUUGCCAUUUUCUCCCUGUGGAACGCGGGUGGAGGCGAUGUAGACUCCUUUGCGGCGAAUGUUGAGGGGGUUUUGUCGCCUCAAUCAUCAGAUGGCCAUCCGCGACAUGUAAGAACGUUCAAUGGAGUCAACGAUGUUCUUGUCGUACCCACGCGGCCAGGCACUUAUCUUUGCGAGUACAUGUCGAAUGCAACCUUGCUGCCACAGGGCUGUGUCCAGUCAUGUGGAAACGAUGGGCAGGAAAAUGGCAAAGAUUUUAACUGUUACGUGCAUUCGCGACACCGCGUGGCGGAGUUCCGGCGUGCAGACAUCGCAAUCAACCACAACGGGCCUGUUCCAUCGCGUCCAUUCGGUCAACGACGGCCACACCUCACCCUUUUCUACACAGGGGAGAGCAACCACACAGACAAGAAACGGAGCACGGAGGCCUACCAGCGUCUGUAUGAUGUUGUGAUUUCUUUUCAUCACCAUCGGCCCUACUACUUCACAUGGGCCCAUCGUCAACAACAACAGUUCCUGAAAAUUCUUCAUGGCAACAAUCAACCCCUCGCUAAUAAAGAUGCGUUUGACUGGGGGAAGUGGCAGCAACGCCACUCUGCGGUGGCAGUGUUCGUGUCUCGCUGCAAGGCGCGCCGUGCAGAGUUUAUUCGCCGCCUGUCGGAGCAUUACCCGGUUCAUAGUUUUGGUGCUUGCGCCAGAAAUCGUGCGAUUCCAUCGGAAUGCGCUCGCCGGACCGGACGCUACCCGCAGAAGUUGUGCGUCUUUCAAAAAUACAAGUACGCCAUGGCACUUGAGAAUUCAAACGAGACGGAUUAUGUGACGGAAAAGGUUUACCACGCUCUCUUGAGCGGGGCGAUUCCAUUGUAUUGGGGCGCUCCGAACGUUGAGGAUUUUCUUCCGUCAGGCCGGGGCAGCAUUGUGGAACUGGAACGGCUCCUUCCCGGGCAAGUGGGUGACGAUGCGAGAGCGACAGCGAAUGCGAAAGACGCGUUUCGCGGGUUUGGUGAAAAACUGCGGCGGCUAGAAGAAGACGAGGCGUCCGUUCGGCGGCUGCUUCGGUGGCGUCGUGCCAAACGGGCGGCGGAGUGGGGAAAUAGUUUUCUUGGGAAUUUAUAUCACCCAGACCCGUUUUGCGCCGUCUGCGCGGAGGCCCGCCUCAAGCGGAGCAAGGACGGAAAGGAGAAGUAA